AUGUCGGGGAGCCACAGGGCUCCGCGAAGGGCAACACGCUGCCCGCAAACCUGCUGCCGCCGGACCAGCUCCGAGCGGAGUUACCUGCUCCGAGCUCAUUACCUGAGCGCCCGGGCGAGUGCGCAGGGCAGGCGGGGCGCCCUCGCCCUAAUCCUGAACGACAGCCCCUCCUUCCAUUUGCAGCUGGCUAACUGGCUGAGAAACUGUGAUGUGCUGAAAAGAAAUCAGGACGUGGAUGCGCAGAGCUCUCUAAUGAGAUGUGAAGCAGCCAGAGUGCCAGGGCUGCCCCCAGGCACCGGUGCCACCGCCGUCCUCGUCAGCAUCACCCGGACAGGAUGUGACAAGCCCAGACCCCGGGAAGCCAGCCUGCUGUCCUUCCAUGAGCAAAGUGGAAAGGGAAGCCCUGGCCCUGGAGAGGAGGCGGUGGUGCUGGCUACAAUAAACCUGGGCCGGAAACCUCCUUAG